AUGAAUAUUUCUCAGAGUAGUGCGGGUCUUGGCACCGUGCUGCCUCUUACUAGUUUCGAGAACGUGCUUUUAUUUCUCUUCAGUAUAAUCCUCGCCACCGCCACUAUUUUCUUCAACGUGUCUGUGUUUCUGUCCAUCGUGAUGAACAGAUCCCUGCGCAGCGAGAACCGCUUCAUGUACAUGCUCAGCACGUGUCUCAGUGACAUCUGCUCGGGCGUCUCGUAUUAUUAUGUUGGAGUUCUGGAUGUACGUGAUUUUUAUGACUCUCCGACUCGCACUCUUUACAUUGCGCCCACUUUUCUGGGUCUGUCCUAUAUGGCGAUUCUGGCCGCGCAGGCGGACCGUUACCACGCGGUCUCAGCGCCUUUCAAAUACUCGCAGCGCAUGACCCGAAACAGAACCCUGCUGGUGAUUCUGGCCUACUGGAUUUAUGCUUUUGUGAUUGUGGCGGUUAAUAAUUUGGUGGCUACGGGGGUCUCUAAGACAGUAACGGGCUAUGGUGCUUUUGUGGCGAACAUAUUUUCCGUCAUUAUCAUGAUUGGUUUGAACUUCAAGCUGUUUUUCAUCGCCAGAUUUCAGCUAGAACGCGAACCGCCGAGCGCGGAACGGGACAACAAGCGCGCGUCCAUUUACCUCAUCAUAAUAGUGGCCAUGUGUUUUCUGAUCGCGUGGUUGCCAUUGUUUCUUCAUGUAAUUUUGUGCGCUUUUAGGGGGACCCCGUGUUAUCUGUUUAAAAAUGAUGGCACAGACCCUUUGCGCAUUUUGGCACGUCUCAAUGCGAUCAUCACACCCUUAUUGUAUAUCAGGGGCUGUACUGCACUCAGGAGCACCCUGCUAAGUAAAGUCUGGAGAACACAAUGCUGCAGGAUGAAAGGGUAAAUCAAACACACAUGCACUUUAGUGUUCUCAUGGAGAAUGUGGGUCUAGAAAAGUAAUGAAAAAAAAGUUUAAGGAACAGUGUUUUACAGUGAACAUAGUUAUACUCAGCUCAAGAUUGUUGAGUGCAAUCUCUACGAGUGACUUGAAAAGUCAUGGAAAUGCAAGAGUAAAAAGGUGUGGUGCUGCAAACCUGCGAUCUACAAUAAAACCCACGAUUGCAGUUCAUUUAUUUUUUUGAUUAAGCUAAUCCUCAUAGCCAUAUUUUCUCCCAUUAUUUUGCUCUUCCCGAUUAUCAAAGUGAAACUU